GCUCAGUGUUUUAGACAGUGCAAGCACCACAUGGACUCACUCUUGGCAGUGGACACACCACAGCACAGCAGAAGAUCAGCCACAUUCCCCUCUCUCAUAGGAACAGGUCAUAGGUCAAAAUGGCACAGUGGAUUUUCCGACUGAAAGGUUGCCUUGGCUCUAAAGUGUACUCAGAGGUCCCAGAUGGUGGUUGGGGUUGGAUUGUGGCUGUGGCCUUUUUCCUGGUGGAGAUGUUCACUUAUGGGGUUAUCAAAAGUUUUGGGAUUUUCCUCAAGGACCUAAUGAGUGAAUUUGGGGAGAGCAACAGUCGAGUAUCAUGGAUCAUUUCAAUAUGUGUCUUUGUUAUGACUUUCACGGCUCCUUUAUCAUCAGUGCUGAGUAAUCGAUUCGGCUUCCAGCCAGUUGUGAUGUUUGGUGGAUUUCUCAUAUCUCUGGGCACAAUCUCAACUGCAUUCACCAGCUCCAUCAAUCAGAUGUACCUCAGUAUUGGGAUUGUGACUGGACUGGGUUACUGUUUGACAUUUCUGCCAACCGUCACAAUCUUGUCCCAGUACUUCAGCAGGCGUCGUUCUGUGGUCACAGCCAUGGCCUCCACUGGAGAGUCAUUUGCUAUAUUUGCUUUUGCUCCAGCGUUCACAGCUCUUAAGAACUGGAUUGGCUGGAGGUACACAAUGGUGGUCAUUGGAACGUUGCAGGGCAUCGUUAUUGUCUGUGGGGCUCUGCUCCGUCCCAUAGUCAUCAAACCAAAGACUUCUCCAACAGAAACUGAGCAGAAGAUCACAUACUCUCUCCCUGAAGAACAAAUGCAAGGUUCUGUGAGCUCUGGAGAUUCAGGUGUACAGUCAGUUGAUGAGCUGGAACGGGACCUCAAAUCUGGGAAGGAACUGGGAGAAGCUGAACCACUUCAGAUCCUCCCAAAACAACAGGCCUUUACGAGUAAAAAUAAGCUCUUGGAUUUGACUGUGCUAAAAGAAGGUAGUUUUUUGUGUUAUUCAGCCUUUGGUCUCUUUGCAACACUGGGCUUUUUUGCCCCACAGCUGUAUGUGGUAGAGCUCAGCGCCAGUUUGGGUACAGAUAGAGACAAGGCUGCCUAUAUGCUGUCAACAAUGGCCAUCGCUGAGAUCUUUGGACGUCUCUCUAUCGGAUGGGUCCUGAACUGGGGGCACAUCAGGAAGAUAUUUGUACUUCUCGUAUGCGUGUCACUGAUGUGCCUAGUCCUGGUGUUGUUCACCGUGGUAAAUGGCUUCUGGGGACUAACAGUGUGCAGUGUGCUUUAUGGCUUCUUACUUGGGAACAUUGCAUCCACGCACAUCCCAAUGUUGGCCGAGGAUGAUGUCGUAGGGAUCCAGAGGAUGCCCUUAGCUGUAGGCGUCUACGUCUGUAUUCAGAGCUUUGCAGGACUGGCUGGUCCACCAUUAGGAGGUGUCCUUGUGGAUAUUACACAAAGGUACAGUGCUGCAUUCUACUCAUGCGCUGCGGGAAUGGGACUAGGUGCCAUCUUCCUUGGGUUCGUACGUCCAGCUAAGACAGUUCAUCUGUGUUCAAGGAGGGAUUGUGGACGGAAUAAACCCACAGUGGAGCAAGUGUCCAAAGACAAAGACAGGCCGGAGGAAUUCCUAGAAUUGGAUAACCAAGAUAUUAAUUCUUGAAAAAAGACAUCCUUUGUGAAUUUAACUGAACUGAUCUAUCAGACCUCUUGAUUACAUAGGAACAUUUUUACAACUGAAUGUAUCGACAGAACAACUACAUUAUGAUUCAUAAUAAUUGCUUAAGGGGUUAGUUCACCCAAAAAUGAAAAUUCGGUCAUCAUUGACAAACAAGAACCAAAGUUUUGUUCUUAGGUGUCUAGCAAGUUGAUACUUUAUUUAACAAAUAUUUUAUUUACUCUACGCAUGUGCAUUGAUCAAUGUUUGUAUGGGAAUAAAAGCCUAAAUCAAAUCUGUUCAUCAUAUAAAAUGUUUCUUCAAAAAACUUGGAUUAAACAGUUCGAAUCAUAUGAAUUUAUUUACUAUCCCUUUAUGAACUAGUGUCAAAGUUUUGGUGGAACGGACUUUCAAAGAAGAGACAGAAAUCUCUCGGGUUUCAUUAAAAUUAUCUUCAUUUGAGAUUCGAAGAUGAACAAAAGUAUUAUGGGUUUAAACGACAUGAGAUGUGAAAUGAUGAUGACUGAAUGAUGACAGAAUUAUAAUUUCCAGGUGAACUGUCCCUUUAAGAUGUGCAAUUGUUGUUUAUACCUGAGAUCAUACAUGUAAUUAUUGUAGUACAUUAUAUUAGCAGUAGCUGUCAUGAUAAACUAUUAUUAGACUUGAAAGUAAACACUAGGACUUUUGUUUUAGAGUCCUAGAUAAAAAAGAAACGAACAUAAUCUGUAACAGGAAACCACAUUUUUGUGGUUUUAGCGAUUAUAGGCAAUGAUUCUAUGGGUGACUACUAGGCACUGAUGGGUAAAGCAAUGACCAAAGAUAAUGUUGAAUUCAGCAACUUAAAACUCAUAUAGCCUAAAUAAAAUCUAAAUGUUAUAGAAAUGGAAUUGGGGUAUUUGAUGCUUUAUUUUAAAAAGGAACUAUCUAUAUAGUUUUUCCCUAAUAUUCCUUUAUGAAUAUUUGCAAGAGAGUGAUGGAUUGCUUUUCAGUACUUCAUAAUUAGCUCAUUUCAGGUCAGCUUUAAACUAGUAUACUACAGGAACAGUUCCUGUAACUAAAUGUUAAACCCAUAUGAACAACUUUA